GUUGAAUUCAACAGGUAUAUCAGAUAAGUUGAGAUUAACUAGUUAGUUUAUAUCUCCUGGUGGAUAGUCUAUCGCUAAAUAGUCCUUGAAAAUUGUAUUUCUGUCUGUCUUCUCUUGACGCCCAAGUUGUCGUUCGCUUGCCUACGCUGAUGAUGUCAUUGUCAAGCGUCAGCUGUUCACGAAGUGUAUCCCGUUUAUAGUUUUGAAUUACCUGUGGGAAUGUGUUAGCCAUAGUUUACGAGUGGAAACUAUGAUAAGUGAUCUAGAAUAUACUUUAAAUGGAUCAUUGACUGAAAGACCCGGGAUUUGACUCAACUCGACAAAAAUGGCUGCAGUUGUUAGAAAUGAGAUCACAUUGGUUCAGGAUGCAUUGUUUCGGAUGAGAAAGAAUCUAGAAUGUCCUAUAUGCCUCGACUUGUUGAAGGACCCAGUAACAACCAGAUGUAGUCAUCAGUUUUGUCGGUUUUGCAUUACUGAGUUUUUUAAAGGUACAUCCUCGGCUCCAUGUCCACUUUGUAAAAAAUCCAUUACAAAAAGGAGUUUGACAGAGUCUUGUAAAAUAAAUGAGAUUGUAAAUGCAGUAAGAGGAGUGGUAGAUGCUGUAAAAGAAGACACAGGCUUGGAAUGUACACCUCCACAUGGACCUCCAAUUGCUUCUCAGUCUUCACCAAGACCACAUACAGAAAAAGUUUUACAACACAACAGUAAAAACUCACAUCAGGUGUCUACUUUUUCAUCUGUGGGAAAAUCAAAGAAAAAGAACACGAGAAUAGCCAAGAGAAAGAAAGUAACUGAUGAUAGUGUUUCAGUAUAUGCAGAUGAUGACGUUGGAGAUAGUGAAAGCAAUGAAGUUCAAACAGGGAAUCUUAUCACAAACACUAAUAUAAGCUCUUCAUUUCCGAGGCAACAACUAAAAAAGAAAGGGAGAGCAAGGAACACAAGAAACGCAAAUACUGAAUCAAGGCAAUUAACAGACAACAGUGCCAAAGACCUGUUACUAAUUCUUGACAAAAUGCCAUUGAAUGGAGACCAAGCUGGGUCACACACAGAUGAACCUAAACAGGAUAGUACAUGUAAUGUUCAAACUUGUCAUCAUUUUUCUACAACUGCUUCUACUGCUACAUCUUGCCAGAAUGAUCCAAAUAAAAUAGAAAAGGAAAAUGUUAUACUGCUUCCGCAAUCUAAUGAUGCAAAGCUGACAUGUGAUUCAGAUCCGUACGAGUUUAUUGCAAGUCAGCGCACGCCCAAGAAGGGAAAAGUCAAAUUCGUUAAAAAAAAAGGUCAAAAUAAAGUAGGGACGAAAAGAGGAAAAAGCAUUAGUGGUGAACAACCAAGAAAAAAACAUUGUGUCGCAGUAGUUGUGAAAAAUAAUGCUGCACAACCGGGUAAAAAGUGCAUUCCGGAGACAUCAUCUCAUGGAAUAGAUCUCAAUAUGGAUGCCCCAGUUGACAGGAGCCAUAAUUCUGAAGUAACUUGUGAAAAUGGGACUAUUAGUAGGCAAAUUACACAAACAACUAAUUCAGUGAGAGUAACCAAAGUACUUGAUGACAAGUCUGAUCUUGCUACUGAUUCAGCUGUGGAAGUGGAAGAAAUAAUGAAUGUGAUUGAAACUGACAACAAGCACAUUUACAGAGAGUCAGACUCUAUUGUUGACAUCACAGAUGAUAUGAAUGAGCCAUGUACGAGACAAACAAGGAAAAGCCAUAAAAAAAGCUCUUCUAAAAACAACAGUACAAAGCAUGUAGCAGCUGCCCAGACUGCUACCGAGGAAUUGUGUAUAAAAGAUACAGAGAAAAGCAGAGUGUUCAUUAAGUCUUACAGUAAUAGUAAAAGACAUUUCAGAAAAAAAUCAGCUGAAAAUGAGAGGAAAAAAGUAGAAGAGGAAAAAACAGGUAAAAGUGAUUGGGAAUUGGCAUUAGAAUUAUCGCAAGAGUUGAAUGGAGAAGAAGGCAUUCCUGAGAAACGAGUUUUGAGAUCAUGCGACAAUAAUAAAGAUUUACAGCAGAAGAAAUCAACUAGACAUUCAAAUAGGGGGAUGACGGUACAGAGAGAAAGGGAGGUAAUGGACGAUAGUAGCGAUGAAAAUGACAAUACUAAUUUGAAUAUCACCAUGGAUCUGAAAGAGAUUGAAACUAAUCGCGAAUCAAGGAGUAGAAAAAGAAGAUCUGUCAAUGCUGUGACAACAUGUAGUCAGUUUUCAGAAAAUCAAGGUGCAAUCAAUCAUAUUAUAAAACACACAAUGCUGGAGUCAGAUUCUGAGCUGAGUGAGGAAUGUCAAAUUGAAGUGAUUGAUUCUAACAACGGGGAGGAAAGACUGAGAAAUGUGGAAGAGCAGAGUAAGAAGUCAUCUCUGGAAAAAACAAUUAAACUACGCAGGAGUAGAAGGGGUAAAGCCCCAACGAAAGAUACCACAGAAAUGAAACAGCUCUCCUUCAAUGCCAUGCCAUUGAAUCAAUCACAAGAAAUAUGUGAAGACAGUGCUAAUACAAGCCAUGCUCCACAACAAGACCGUACUAUUCGUAGGGUAUGUCAAGUCAAUGCUGAUAUUAGCCAUGUUGAACACCAAGACAAAGACAAUAAUCAAGUGAAUGCUGAAACUAGCCGCAGUACAUGCCAAUUUAACGCAGAAUCUAGCCACAGGGCAUGCCAAGUUAAUGCAGAUACUAGCCACAGUACAUGCCAAGUUAACACAGAUACUAGCAACAGUAAAUGCCAUGUUAACGCAGAUACUAGCAACAGUAAAUGCCAUGUUAACGCAGAUACUAGCAACAGUAAAUGCCAUGUUAACGCAGAUACUAGCAACAGUAAAUGCCAUGUUAACGCAGAUACUAGCAACAGUACAUGCCAAGUUAACGCAGAUACUAGCCUCAGUACAUGCCAAGUUAAUGCAGAUACUAGCCACAGUACAUGCCAAGUUAAUGCAGAUAGUAGCCACAGUACAUGCCAAGUUAACGCAGAUACUAGCAACAGUAAAUGCCAAGUUAACGCAGAUACUAGCAACAGUAAAUGCCAUGUUAACGCAGAUACUAGCAACAGUAAAUGCCAAGUUAACGAAGAUACUAGCCAGUGUGCAUCACAUGUCAACACUGACUCUAGUGAUAGUGCAUGUCAUCAAGUCAAUGCUAACACUAGUGGUAGUACCACAGAAUCUUUGGAAAUGACGGAUGAUGUGGAAUUUGCACCUGUAGAAGAAAUCCAUAAUACUGACACUGUUAAAGUUACAGAUAACAAUAAAGUUACUGGAAGUGUUUGUCAUAAAAGAUCUUUGAGAAGAAAACGGAUAGGUGGUGUAGAAAGAUCAGAGAAGAAAACAGAGCAUUUAAAGAUUUCAAGUAAGGCACACAAUACAGAGAGUAAACCAGGAAUAAUACUACCAGCUCCUGUACAACUAGAAGAACAAAAUGAAGUUACUGGAAAACAAUGUAAAUCAGAACAGUCUUCAGAUAUUGUCAUGCUUGAAUCUGUUGAGGUGCAGGAUCACGAAAUAAAUGAAGAAAUGAUGAACAGUUCUUUGGACGAUGAUACUGACGAAAUAGAGUCAGCUGGCGAAGGCAUCGACAAGUUGAAAUGUUCGUCAGAAGGUGAUUCAGAUAUAGAUUUUAUUCCAUGUCGGAAAGAUUUAGACGACAGUUUGAUAGCUAGAGGAAAACGCAGUGCCAAGAAACUUGCAUCUGGUGGAAGUGCUAGCCUGACAAAGCUGGUAACCAUGGCAGCAAUGGAGAAAAACUUACUAAAGAUAUGUAAAAGUAAUCAGAGUUUUGUUAAAGAUGGUGACGAGACACUUGAAGAUGACAGAAGCUCCCUAAACAAUCAACGUAAGAAGAAUAUUGCAAUGAGUGUGGAUAGUACUCCUAAACUAUUGCGUGUACCAGACUCAGUUGAAGAUGAUGAUAGUACUGUUCUCACAAUAAAACGAAGAAACAGAUACAGCCAAGGAAGAAGUCCUAGAGUGAAUAGUAUAACUAGCAGAUCCAGCACUCCUAAGUCACCUCAUGUGAACAUCCACUCAAACACUUGCAUUUCACAGAAUCAUGAGCGACUUGAGCAGCAACGAGACGAUGCCGCAGAUGAUCUGAAUUCUGCAGAAUUAUUUUCUUGUAAAAGUGGGGAAGAUAUAGACUUGAAUUCAGCACAUGGAGACAAUUCAACUAAGAUAAUUCAACUAAGUGUAGGAAAAACAGAAGUGAAAACAUUAGGCAUUAAUACCCAGAAACAUCAAGUAUUGAAAUCUCCAGUGUUUGACAAUGUUGAUAAUAUUCCUAAGGUAACAGAGUCCCGUAUAGAAGAAGGUAACAGCUCUCUGGACUCUAUAGUGCCUGCUAGUUUUGGAGCUUCACAGAAUAGCAGUCAACUUACUCAACCAAUAGUUGUCAUUAAAAUAAUUAAAAGCAAUCAUAACAAAGGUUUCUCAUCAGACUGUUCUGAAAAAGGUAAUGACAACAUCAUGAAUAGAACAAGAUCAAAACUAAGAAGAAAAAAGAAAAGCGUUUCCCCAAAGUCAACAUUACAAUCAGGUAAAUCAAGUGUCUCGGUAGUGGAUGACUCAGUUGUCAUGGAAUCAAGACCAUCUCCGCAUAAAUCAGCCAAGUCGCUUGAAUCUGAGGAUUUAUCAGGGGAAAAUAGUGUGUCUUUAUUGCAGCCUAUAUCAACUGGGAUGAAAGACAAACUUGGUUCCGGGGAUUACCCUGGCGAUGAAAUUCAAGAACAAUCAUCACUUCCUGAUCUAGAGAAGUCAAAUAAUGCGCCUGCUACUUUGGGUGAUGGAAGUACAGUGGAACUUUUCACGCCGCCAGACACCCAUGUUACUACAACAGGGCUGGAUAGUACUGAUAAUACUAAAGUUGAUCAUGGUGGAGUGGACAACAGUGAAAGCACAACUCAAGAAAAUCAGAAACCAUUGACAAUUAAAAAUAAAGAGCACAUCAUCAAGAAUAGAAAAGCUUAUCAAUCUCAGGGUAGGAGUAUUAAACAACGAUGUAUUAGUUAUGAUGGAGAUGAAGAAUCUGGAGGUGACGAGGAGGAGAUUAUUCCACCCACACCUCCUACAGUUCCUGUUGAUAUAACACCAAAAUUAAAAAACAAAACGAUAAAUAAAAAAGAUAGUGCUUUUAAAAGGCCUUCAACUCGUCAGUCACAUUUGAACAGUCCCACGGUUGAUGGUCUGUCUGAUUCAAAGAUGAAACUAUCAAGGACAACCCGAAGUAGAGGUACAACAAAGAUUACUGAAGCGCAGAAGUCACCAGUUUCAUUUCCGGUAGAUGAAGGGGAAUUACUGAUGAAAUCCCCAAAUUCUACUUCUGAUGGUGCUGAUAAAAAAAAUGAAAAUGAAAACCAAAGUAUCUUAAUCGAAGGCCGAGAUCCUGAUGGGAUUAGUGCUAGUCCAAAUAAUGCUGAAUCGAAGGCUGAUACACCUGAUGACUCGCCAGGAGUGCUGAGGAAGAAGAAAAAACGUGUUGCUAGGAGAAUAGAAGAUGAAAGUGACAGUGAAGAUGACCUGUUGCCAUGUUCACCGGAUGAUGCUAUGCUGUUACUCUCUCCAUUUGAAAUACCAGGGAGGAAUGACCAAAGAGAGAAAAUUUUGAAAGAUGGAGUUCAACAAUUUGCGCUACACCUUGGAAGUUGUGAUGAAACUUUCCAUGAAGAGGCUAGAGAAGAUUAUCAUAGUGAUAGUACACAAGAUAGCAUUAACAGUAAACAUCUUACAAGCGCCUCGUCUAUUCUAUCUAGUCAAGGGGAUUUACUUAGUACCCAGGUAAGAGAUGAAAUGAAAGAAGAACUAAAUGAAAUGGAAGCAGAAAUGGCCAAGAUAAAAGCUUGUAUCGCGGCUAAAGCAUCCAGAGAUAUCAAUCUUCAACGCAAUUCUGAUGACGAAGAUUGUCCAAUGGAAGUUGACACGUAUGAUGGAAAAGAAAUUGCAGAUCAUGUCCAUGGUGAUGAAAGUGAUGAAGACAUCUAUGGAAGCCCGAUGUCGCCCUCUCCUCCACCUCCUGUAGAUGUACCACAAUCAGCUGGUGAAAUGCCUGUAAUGUUACAAGCCGUUACCAAGAUGGUGGACGAGCUGAAAUCACCAGCUGCUUACACAGCUGGCAGUAAAAGGGGUUUAUUAAAACAUGUGGUUGGUGAAUCUGGUAGUAAUAGAAGAAAACUUGAUCAGAUUGGGAACUUACAAACUGUUGAAAAUAAAUCACCAAAUCGGUGUGCAAGUCUUCGCGAUGGUAGCACUAGUAGUAGUAAAUCAUUUUACAGUCCAGUUAUUGAUGGAAGAUUGGCUGAUUCCAGUGUCAGGAGUAGGGUGAGAGACAGUUAUAGGAAUGAGUCAUCUGCCGAGAAGACUCCUGCUGCUAACUGUAAUUGGAAACCAGUAGUGGCUAAAUCAGAGUUUUCACUUGUGGCUACUGGUCUUACUAGACAAGAACUGAAAAAUGUUGAAUAUUUUGCAAUGGAAACUGGUUCCAAGGUGGAAGCAAGGUUUAGUUUGAAUACCACUCAUGUUAUUGUGAAGACAGAUGUUGAAUUAGUCUGUGAGCGAACACUGAAAUACUUUUUUGGAAUUGCUGCCAGAAAAUGGGUUGUCAGCUACAGAUGGAUACAAGCAUGUACUGAGGCAGGUAAAGUUGUACCUGAGGAUUUGUACGAAGUACGUGGUGAUGUCAUAAACGGACGUAACCAUAAAGGGCCGUUUAAAGCCAGGACGACAACUAGAAGAUUACUCUUACAUAACUAUGAAAUCAGCUGCAUUGGAUCAUUUUCAGGACUAACAAAAGAUCAGUUAUAUUGGCUGUUAGAACUGUGUGGUGCAGAGAAAGUAAACAACCCAUCCAUGUUUAGUUAUAAUCCAAAUAAAAGAACGAUUAUUAUUAUGCAGCCUGAUGCUAACGAUUCUGCCAAGUCUUUCAAUUACAACAAUUUUUACAAGAAAUAUACAGCAUUGGUUGUGAGCAGGGAGUGGAUAUUAGACAGUAUUGCAAAAUACACUGUCCAACCGUUAUCUGAAUAUCUGCUUUGUGACGUACCAAGUAAUCAUAUUGAUGAUGUUAUCAAUAUUGACUCUGAUAGUGAAUAAGAAUUAUUCUAAUAUACUGUGUGAUAAACCAGAUUUAUUGAUGAUGUCAUGCAUAUUUACUCAGUUUUUAAUGCAUUUUUAAUCAGAUUAUUUUGUUGUGUAUUUGAGUGUAUUUAAAGGGGCACAUUCAUAAAACUUGAUGAUAUUGACAGAUAUUAUAAUGAAAACCUUCAUUGUGAAAACUUGUUGAAAUCAAAUAAUGUAUUUUCACAAAUAGCGCCACCUAGAUUUGAAAAGUAAAAUUUAUUUUAUUCACACAAAAUUUUACUUAUUGUUUGAUGAUCUAGGUUCAUACCAAUACCGAUGGUUCAUAUCAACCGAAUUGUUUCCUGGCGCUGUAAUGCCUGCUAUUUACUAAUCAGGCAUAUUUUUUGUUCUAGCAAGUGAAUCAAUUCAUUUAUUUGAAACAAUUUCUGGUCACUGCUAUCCAUGUUCUUUCCAAAGUAUUUUAUUGGAGAUGCGCUUCUAAUAGAGCAAAUAUGGUAUUAAAAUUCAAUAAAAAUGAUUUUCGCUAAAUAAAAUGCAUGUAUUUAGGCCCAAAUCAAUGUAAACAAAAAGUUUAAUUUUACUGGUGGCAAUUGAACAGAAUUUAUAUCUUUUAACUUGUAUCCUAUGACAAUUUAGAUUAGCCUGUCUUACUUUUAUAACUACUACCAAUAUGAACUGACUGCCGAUAUGUACUUUUUUGAAUAGACCGUAAAUGCAAAUAGCCACCAAGUUAUUCGCAUCCACCGUUUCAAAAUCCAUGGUCAAGAAAACGGUGGACGAGGGAAGAAUCGGACACAAUUUGAAAGGCAUUUGCAUCUAUGGUUUAUUUUUAUGUGAUUUAUAAUAAAAACAUGGUUACUCAUAGUACUUGA